AUGAGCGGCCUGGAUGGGGGCAACAAGCUCCCUCUCGCCCAAACCGGCGGCCUGGCUGCUUCCGACCAUGCCUCAGGAGAUCCGGACCUAGACCAGUGCCAAGGGCUCCAUGAAGAAACCGAGGCGACACAGGUGAUGGCGAACGCAGGUGGGGGCAGCCUGGAGACCGUUGCGGAGGGAGGUGCAUCCCAGGAUCCUGUUGACUGUGGCCCCGCGCUCCGCCUCCCAGUUGCCGGGAGUCGCGGCGGUGCAGCGACCAAAGCCGGGCAGGAGGAUGCUCCACCUUCUACGAAAGGUCUGGAAGCAGCCUCUGCCGCCGAGGCUGCUGACAGCAGCCAGAAAAAUGGCUGUCAGCUUGGAGAGCCCCGUGGCCCUGCUGGGCAGAAGGCUCUAGAAGCCUGUGGCGCAGGGGGCUUGGGGUCUCAGAUGAUACCUGGGAAGAAGGCCAAGGAAGUGACGACUAAAAAAUGCGCCAUUUCAGCAGCAGUGGAAAAGGAGGGAGAAGCAGGGGCGGUGAUGGAGGAAAAGAAGGUAGUGCAGAAGGAAAAAAAGGUGGCAGGAGGGGUGAAAGAGGAGACACGGGCCAGGGCCCCGAAGAUCAAUAACUGCAUGGACUCGCUGGAGGCCAUCGAUCAAGAGUUGUCAAACGUAAAUGCCCAGGCUGACAGGGCCUUCCUUCAGCUUGAGCGCAAGUUUGGCCGCAUGCGAAGGCUCCACAUGCAGCGCAGAAGUUUCAUUAUCCAGAAUAUCCCAGGUUUCUGGGUUACUGCCUUUCGAAACCACCCCCAGCUGUCACCUAUGAUCAGUGGCCAAGAUGAAGACAUGCUGAGAUACAUGAUCAAUUUGGAGGUGGAGGAGCUUAAACACCCCAGAGCAGGCUGCAAAUUCAAGUUCAUCUUUCAGGGCAACCCCUACUUCCGAAAUGAGGGGCUCGUCAAGGAAUAUGAACGCAGAUCCUCUGGCCGGGUGGUGUCUCUUUCCACUCCAAUCCGCUGGCACCGUGGCCAAGACCCCCAGGCUCAUAUCCACAGAAACCGGGAAGGGAACACUAUCCCUAGUUUCUUCAACUGGUUUUCAGACCACAGCCUUCUAGAAUUCGACAGAAUUGCAGAGAUUAUCAAAGGAGAACUGUGGCCCAAUCCCCUACAAUACUACCUGAUGGGUGAAGGGCCCCGUAGAGGAAUUCGAGGCCCACCAAGGCAGCCAGUGGAGAGCGCCAGAUCCUUCAGGUUCCAGUCUGGUUAAUCUCUGUCCUGUGAGAAGCUUCUGCACAAGUUUCCUUACCACCUCCUCUUGGACCUAUGCUUGGCCAACAGCAUGCAGUCUUCCGUCUGCUUUCUCUUCAUACUGUGGAUUAUCUUUUCCUUUGGUUCUUCUAAAUCUUCAGUAGUCGGUUGCAAGAUUGUUGGCUUACCUGCCUAUGCCAUUCUUCCUCUGGGCCUUCAUGCUUUUCUGCGUUGUGUUAACAUGUUUCAAGUGCACGGCCUUCUAUGGUUUCUAUGCCAAGCGUAUGAUACUAUAGAUAUAGUGUACCAUACUGCCUUUCUUUGCAUGGCUUGGACCCUGUCUGUGACCAUGGUCUUCUCCCAGUUUAAGUGGUUCUGUACCACAAAGAAUCUUGAUACAUCUUCACAAAUAACUGAUUGGGCUUCAUACUUUACGCUGGCUGUGUCCUGAUACCCAUGUACUUAGGGUAAGCUAUUUGGGUAUUACCACUGCAAGACAAAACUGAUACCUUAACCCAGCCAUCCACCCAAACUGCACAUUCCAGACUACCACCAACUGGAUCCCAGCUGCCUUCCUGGGCUGUGCCAUCCACCCUACUGGUUAUCUGACAGAACAAGCUGGUAGCUGAUGGGUGACUGCUAGGCGUGACUGAGGUAAUAGAUGAAAAGUGUUCUAUGUUAUCACAUUGGUUUUCCUGUACCUUUGGUUACUCUACAUCAUGACCAGCUACUGGUGAGUAUGAAGCCUGUGCUAUAGCCCACCCCUACUUGCUCUCACCUUCUGGUUGAACUUUGCUUAGGCCACCAUUGUCUGCCUCAUCAGGAACUAUCUGUAGACGUAGCUCCCAGGGAGCUCACAGGAACACCCCCUACCACCAGGAUGGGCAGUCAUAUGUCACAGUGCCCAAAGCAAGGCUGGAACGCAGUCCCUUCCAGCUUAGUCUUUCUGACUCCUAGCCAACAAACCACCCUUAAUCUGAGCAACUUCUUUAGGCAUUUCCUCUUUUCCCCUCCUGCACCCACUCUGAACAUGACAAAAGUUGCCAGAGUUGGGGCAUUGAGGAAGAGAUAUUUCUGGAAUGUGAGACUUGUUAUGCCUCUCUCUCUCUCUCUCAUCUCUUUCUUUCUCUCCCUCCCCUUCCCCUCUCUCCCCUCUCCCCUCUCCCUCUCCCUCUCCCUCUCCCUCCCAUCCCUUCUUUUCUUCCCUUUCUCUCUGAAGCAGUUUUAGCUUAUUAACAGAAAACAAAACUGGCAAAGCAGGCUUUUUGUUUAAUUUGCUUUCCCUGAUUGUGUUCAGAGAGAAAGGUUAUGAUUAAAUGGGCUCCAGAUCUCUUUAUUGCCGUUAUUCCUCCACCCCACUUCUUUUAGCAAAGUCUGAAAGUUUCAAAGGGAGACCUAUAGGUUAAUUGUUUAGUUAUAGGCAGUGUUAAAUUAGGCAGAUUUUGACAUCUUUAUCUUUUUACCCCAUCCAUUCUACCAAAACCUAUGUAUUUCUUGAGCUAUUAGUUUGAGAAGCUGGAAAGAGAGAGAAGGGCCUCACAGUGAUGGGUUCAGGAUGGGUCCUGAACAGGAUGUGAGCAAAGGCAACCAAAACUUAGCUUCAUUCCACUUUUCUAAAGAUGGAAAUUCUUUUUUGCGCCUUGGACUGCUUGGAAAUGACCCUAGGGUAGCAUUUUGUAGGUCACUCUUCUCCUUUGUACUAUUUUGUUCCUGCUCGGAUGUCCCUUGGGUCUCCAUCCUACUGCCUGGCUUUCUUGGCCCUCAUUUCUCAGCUUGUGCAUUUCCUUCCCUGCUCCUAACAAAUGAAGAAGCAGGCUGCAGCCUGCAUUGUGGAAGAUCUCCAGCCUCCUUGUAGGGGAUAAGGGGAUGUGUAGCAUCUGUGUGGAUUUUCAGGGACAAGUUCCAGUAGGUGGGACAGUGAUGCUGUCAAGGCUGUCUUAGUUAUGAUCAUGUGUGGUGAUAAAGACCAUUCACCAUCACCCUUUUCCCCUUUGGUUUUGAAGGCCUUGCCCUAAGCUCCCUGAGGGUUUAGGAGGUCUGAACACACACAGUGGAGAGGUUAGUCUAGGUUGCGAAACUGAGUAAAAGUCCAGCGCAGAAAUGAGCCUGCUGUGGAGUGGGUUUGGAAAGGCUCGCAGGAAAGACCCUGCAGGAUCAGGGGUGGGAGGGGAGGCCCCUGAGGUGCCCUCCAGGGAAGAGGGGCUGGGGUUUAAAUAGCAUGCUUGGAGGAAGAUUUUCCUUCAAUUUUUCCUAAGUCCUUGAAUUCACCAGUAGAUUUUUGUAAACAAAAUGUAAGUCUGGAUGUUUUCUCUCGAUUAUCCUAGGAGUGACCUUUGUAUGUGUGGAAGAUUAAUGGUAUAUGCUCCUUAUGUCACUGUUUUUGAGUAAAAUCCAUUUCCUUACUCCGUUUCAGCCUAUGACAAAAUUGAUGUUUACAGGCCUACUUUUUGCUUAUAAUUGACAACAUGUGCAAAAAUACCAAAUUUGUGUCCUGUGCAGUAUGAAGACUUCAGUGAAUAUUCCUUAAUGUAUUAGCUUGCUUUGCUCUCUGUUCAUACAUGGCUCUAUUCUUAGAAAUAUAAUUUGAAUGUGAUCUUUCAGUAGUCUGGAUAUUUUACAAAUUAUGGCUGUGUCUUGUGAAAAUAACCUCAAAAAGAAAAAUAUGACUCUGUUGUCUUACUUGAUAUUUCUUGCCCUAGUAAUGUACUUGACAUUUAUGUUCCUAAGCAGUGUAAGUACUAGUAGAAUUUCUCUGUCAAACUCAAUGAUCAUUAGUACUUUUGUCUUCUCCCAUGUGCUUGAAGGGAAAAUAAAGUGUCACUACUGUAUUUCUUGUUUUCAUCAAAAAAUAAAAAUAAAUAAAAAAAUUCUGUGUUGUCUAGGUUAAUUUAAGGUUGGGAAAUCAUUAAAGUUAUCAAAUGAUACCAGUAACUAUCAUCCUGAAAGUUAAAAAAAAAAAAAGGCAACAGCCACAAAACCUUCCAAGAUUUUUCACCUGAAAAAUGGUAAAUAGGAGCCCAACUGCAAUUGCAUACUCAUGAACGUUAUUUUUUCUAUAUAACCAGUGCAGUUUUUGGUGGUAAUUGAAGCACCAUAUAGUAUCACUUAAAAUACUGUUUUCAGUGGAAAACUUGUCUAUGCAGCAUCCUUGUUCAUUACAUUUAACUGUGCCUUCCGAGAUCUAAUAAGCUUAAGAUAGACUUUUGGAAGAAUUAAUUAUUGUGUAUUCUGUGAGUGCUACUUACAUUCUUUUCUUACACCAGUGUGUGGCUUUAAAAAGAAUACCAAGAAAAUGUGAAAUAAAAUGUCUAGAGACAAAUGAUAUCAGGUAUCACAACUUUAAUUACCAGUAAUGAUAGUUUUGCUGCAUAGCAGCAAUUACAUGAAGGUUUAUUGGAAAAAUACCUCUGCAUUCUCUGUAGUAAGGAGGGCUUUGUGGAUGCUGCAAAAUCUGUGAAAAUGAAUUGCCAAGUAUUUGUAGCCAUCUAAGCAAAAAUUUGACAAAAAUGGCCCAAAAUUUCUCAUUUGAGUUAGAAAAUUAAUUAAACAUACAGUUAAAUAGAUGCUGACCAUUGGUGAAAUUAUUACUUGCAAUUUCUUGCUGAGGUAUUUUUUUCUAGGGCUGGAGAACUUUAUUAGAUAGCUAGGUUUUCUUUUGCAAGCUCUACAUCCGUCUUAAUCCUAAAUUCCUCUAACAAUGUUCAUUUUACCUUUUCAGUUCAGUGAUUGAUUUCUGCAUUGUCAGCCACCUGUUUCAAACUUUAGUAUACCUUUUCUAUGCCUGUUCUGGACGUAAUCAGAAAAUGUCAUUUUUCCUACACUUGGUUUAUUAUCUGCUUUAGUCUAACCAAUAGCAUUCACUCUAAUAGGCUGGCGCCACUUAUUUGUUACAGAUUAGCAUGGUUUCUGUUCUGUUUAGCCUAAUAAAAUUAGUCAUUAAAUUACUCAAUUAGGCAUCUUACAGGUUUCACUUACCAACCAAUUGGUUCACUGCUGUAGCCCUGCUCCAUUUCUUUGUAUUGCUUUUUCUUCCUUAAUUCUAGACCCCAAUUAUUCUUUAUGUGGACCUCCAAACCAGUUAAGAAGUUCUCCCAUCCUCUGGUCACCUAAGAAGUAUCAUUUUAGUCUUCUCAGGCCAUAAUCCCUGUGAGUAGUGGUGACACUGCAUAAUUUCCCUGGUCCUCACACAACAAUUUCCUUGUGCUUCCAUUUCUGGGCAUUCAGCACAAGCCAGACAGUUAUAAAAGGCUUCUCUGACCUUUUCAGGCCCUUCUCCCCAUUAAUCCUGGUGCUGCUGCUUUAUCUCCAGUUAACUCAAGCGUCCUUAAAUGUUUUCAUCAUUAACAAACAAACAAAAACCAAAACAAACCCUUACCUAUAUUUUUAAUUAUUGAGUUCCUGUCCUAGAGAAUCACAAUUUAAGACCUGGAUAUUUGAUCUUGUUUCAGUGACAUGUUCCCCGGCUUCACAAUCUCCUCAAAAGAUCUGAGAUAUGUCAGGCACUUCGAAGUGCACAUAUUACUUUGAUAAUCCUUGUAACACAAGUUUUAUUAUUUCCAUUUAAAUAGUUGAGAAAACAGAGGUCCAGAAAGUGGAAGUAAACUGCCUAAGAUGCAAGUUUCACUGUUGAGUUUUCUGAUUUCAAGCUAGCAUAACUUCUACCCUAUCACAGCUAUUGUAAUAAAUUUGGCAUACAAAUGUUAACAAAAACCCUAUUGACACAUGAGUAUUCAGGCCUCAGUUGAAGGUUAUGCUUAAUCAUUCAUGAACAGCCUGUGAGAAGGGUACAUUUUAUCACUUGAUUUAAUACAGGAUUCCAUAGUUACAGAUUAACACAUUUGAAUUUACUUCUGUAACCGUGAUGUUUGCUGCACAUGAAUGAAAUUAUCAGUUUGUUCCCUUCAUCAAAGGCACUGAAUAUUUAAUGUACCAAAAAGACAUUAAAUGUUAUACUCAUGGAAUUUAGCUGCGAAGCAUUGUAAGGAACUGCUGACAUUUCUGUUAAGAGAAUAUUUAUUUUUUAAUUGAUUAAACUUGGUGAUUGCUUUUAACACAUUUAGAUAGUAAUUUAUCCCUUUUCUUUAUUAAACUUUGUUACGCUUUAUCAAACUUUGAUCUUUACUAAGGAAACAACAUGACCAAAGUACCAAAAAAAGUAAAAUAAACUUGUUUUUUUGAAAAGAGUCUGUGAACAGGUACAUGGUACAACAAACUGAUUGGCAAGCAGUCUAUGUACUUUUCUAGUUGACAUUCUAAGUAAUGACCCAACUUCUCUAAAGGCCCAGAUAUACUAUUUCCCACUAAGUUUACUCAAAGACGAGUUUUCAUCACUCCUUCUCCAUUUUGGUUACUUCAGCGCCAGUGAGGGAAAUUUACCAAGCAGUCAAGGUGAACAUUAACCCAGAAUAUGAAGAAAGAGUAGGCCUGCUUACUGAAGACCUUGACAUGUGUGGCUUCCAAGGGGAACAGACUCAUUAUAUGCUUUAGGACUCCUGAUUCUUGGAUCUCUAUUUUACUUUCCUAGGUAAGUUUUAUAUUACAGAUAUUUAAUAUAUUUGGCUAAAUUAUGAAUUACUUAAAGAUAGAGGCUGUGUCUUCACUUUUAAUCCCUCUCAUGUCCUAGCAUGACAUUAUUGCUAAAUUGAAGUGUGGUUUUGGGCUGAGAAUUUGCCCUAGUCUAGAUUCAAUAUUGGAAGACGUUAUGUAUCAAGUAAUUAAAAGUGUGAUUUUGAGGAUCAAACUUGGGUCCAUGUGUUGCUCUCUUAGUAACAGUGUAACAUAGAGCAAGCAUUGUAUUUAAUCUCGCUGAAUUUCAAUUUUCCCAUCUGUACAAUUUAAUAAUUAUAUACAUCUCAUAUGGUUGCUAUAGAGAGUAAACAAGAUAAUGUACAUGAAGUAGCCUAGUGAGGAGUCAGCACUCAUGACCACUGUUUUACUAUUAUUUCUGAGGAUAGUUCUAGAGACCAACAAGACACACCUUUCUGAAUUCAUUCUAUGUGGACUGGACCAUGCCCAGGGAUUUUCAAGGGUGGCAAUAAGACCAUACUGGGUGAAUUACUUGGUAUGCCCUCAUGGCUUUAAUAAAAGCAGUCAAGUGUAUUCCAGUCUUGCACCAAUCUGGAACUAACUCUUAUGAUAGUCUUCUUGUACUCAAGAGGCUAAAAAGAUGUAAGGGACUGUUACUCCAACACUGAAGGUUUUAAAAAGCUAUCCAUGUAUUUCUAACAUUCAGUCAAGGUUAUUUUAUCUAGAGAGGCAGUUUGAUUUUCCAUUUUAUGCUGAUUUGGUAUAUAAAAUAAUUACAUAAAUUUAUUUUCAUUGAAACCAGUUCACUAAAAGUGUGUGUGUGUGUAUUUAAAGUUAUUUUUGGAAAUGAAUAUUGGUGGGGAAAUAAUACUUGAUUUCAGUUUAGAGUUUAACAAACUCAGAAGUUGAUUUUAGAUUGCAAUUCAUGGUUCAGAUAAAGUUUUUACUACCUCAGUAUUCCAAAUACCAGGUUCUGACAAAACAUUCAGAUCUUUCCUCUGCUGAGUGAUAAACAGUGGCCAGCAAAGAAAACCUCCGCUCGCUUACAUCUAUUUUUAGGUGUCCUUUAGAUUAUGAAUGCUUGCCUGUAUGCGAAUAUUACACGUCUUCUGUCCAUUUAUACAAUUUUUUUUGCUUCAUAUAACUUCUUUAAUAUUUUCUUUUUAAUUUUGAUGGAUUUGGAUUAUUUUUAAUCUUCAUAUCCAAUCAGAAACAUUGGCACUCUUUAGAAACAAUGAAAUACAAAUUUAAAAAGCCUAAUUAUAGUCUUUCUAAUUACAGAAAAAAACAUUCAUUAGAAGAAAUACUGACUGCUAGAAAGGAAGGAAAUUUAGGAAUAAACUAAGCUUUUCCUUUCAUAAGAUGGAAAAAACUGAAGCCAAAUUUGGUGGUAACUUGUUCAGGGUCUUUAGGUAGAAUGAUAAAGGGAAGACUAGAACUUCUGACAAAUGAAUUCUGCCUCCUGAACCCCCGCCACUACUCAGUGGCCCAAAAAGUGCAAUUAUUUAUUAUUUUGGAGUUCUCAUUUCUCAUAUUAACAGUAGUUCAUAAACAUUUAAAGAUUAUUUGCCAUUUACAGAAUAAACAUGGAUAAGGAAAAAUAGCUUUAUUUUUAAAAGAAAUAAAUUCUCUAUUUAAAGCAUAUAUGAGAUAGUAUCUUUCAUUUAGUCCUAAGCUUGAUUAUUUAUGCUCAUUGUAAUAUUCCAGUGACAUUCUGGACACAAAUUUCAAGUAUAUCACCAUAUACUUAUUGUUAAAUAUCAAACAAAGCUACUGACUGUGAGGGAAAAAUUUCAGUGAUUUUUUUUGUUUGUUUUUUUUACUUACCCUGAGAUACUUAUCCCACAGUAUAUCUGAGAUUUAGCUGAACAUUUACAAAUUUUAACAAAUUUUUUUUCUUCCCAUUGCAUGCAUCGAUAUGCCAAAUUCUGCACUUCAAUCCAGGUAAAAUAAUGAUAGUGUUUGUAAACCAGAUAGUGAAAACCAGUGUGUUUUCUAAUACUGCCCAUGAUAGACAGAGUGAAAUCACAGCAUAAACAA